GCUCUUCCUCCCAUAUGAUCGGGGAGAACGUUGGGCUAACAAUGGUUACUGAAAUUGUUUCUGUGCACAGAGAUUAGAGAGUUCUGCCUCCCCUACCCAACAGAAUCAGUCUAUUUUGUCUACCUGGCAGAGAUAAGACUUCAGGAUCUUCUAACAUCCAAUCCCAGCUGCAGAGAAGCGGAAUAGAUCAUUUGGAGCAGGUGGGGAGAGAAGCAUCCAGGAAUACCAGCGGUCCUGCUGUGGACCCUAUCUGACAUGCUGUCUGCCUCUGUAGGAGCUCCGCAAUCUGCAGGUCUGGCCUGACGAUGGAGCUGGGUGUAUUAGGGACUCUUCUCCUGGCUGUUUGUAUCAGCCUCGUUUUUUAUGUCUUCACAUGGAGGAGAAAGCUAAGGAAGAAAAAUAUGCCCCCCGGACCAUCCCCACUGCCAAUACUGGGCACUAUGACGUAUGUGAGCGCCAGGGAAAUGCCCCAGUCUUUGGUGAAGCUGAGUGAGACCUAUGGCCCUGUGUUUACCAUCUACCUAUCAAAUGUACCUACUGUGAUUUUGUCUGGUUAUGACUGUGUGAAAGAAGCUCUUAUAGAUCACGGUGAUAUAUUUGGUAUUAGAGGUCCAACAGAACUCGGAGAUCUGCUCUUCAAAGGCUAUGGACUGAUUCUCAGCAAUGGGGAGAGAUGGAAGUUAAUGCGUCGAUUCUUGCUGUCUACUCUCAGGAAUUUUGGGAUGGGAAAGAGGAGCAUAGAGGAGCGCAUACAAAAGGAAGCCUGCUAUCUGGCGGAAGAAUUUAGAAAGAAUGGAGAAGUACCUUUUGAUCCCACCAGUCUAUUGCGUCUGGCAGUGUCCAAUGUUAUCUGUUCAGUGGUUUUUGGAGACCGAUUUGAUUAUGAAGACAAGAAGUUUCGGAAUAUGCUUAAAUUGCUUGAAGAAGUAUUUUUGCUCAUGUCCUCCGUAUGGGGCAUUCUCCUCAAUCUUUUUCCAAAAACAAUGAAAAUCCUUCCUGGACCCCAUCAGGCAAUAUUUAGAAAUCUUGACAAGUUGAGAGAGUUCAUUGCAGAGUCUUUGGAAAGUCAUAGGCAGACACUUGAUGUCAACUGUCCUCGAGACUUCAUUGACUGCUUCCUCAUCAAGAUGGAGGAGGAGAAGGACAACCCGAAUUCUCAAUUCCACUUUGAUAAUUUAUUUGGAACCGUUAUUGAUCUCUUUUUUGCUGGGACAGAAACUACAAGCGCGACUCUAAAGUACAGUUUGCUUAUUCUGCUAAAAUAUCCAGAAGUAGAAAGGAAGGUCCACGAGGAGAUUGACCAUGUAAUUGGCCAGAGCCGGAUUCCUUCUGUAGAGGAUCGUGUAAAAUUGCCAUAUACAGAUGCUGUCAUCCAUGAAAUUCAGCGGGUGGCGGACAUAACACCUCUAGCAUUGCCUCAUGGCGUCAGCCAGGAUGUCACGUUUCGAGGAUAUAACAUUCCUAAGGGCACACUUGUCUUCCCUAUGCUGACAUCUGUCUUGAAGGAUCCCAAAUAUUUUAGGAACCCUCAGAAGUUUGACCCCACACACUUUUUGAAUGAAAAUGGUGGCUUCAAGAAGAAUGAUGCCUUCCUGCCUUUCUCAUUGGGUAAGAGGAGUUGCAUUGGAGAAGGUCUGGCGCGGAUGGAAAUUUUUCUCUUUAUAACCACCAUAUUACAGAGGUUAAACCUGAAAUCCACUGUGUCCCCCGCAGAGCUAGAAAUAACUCCGGAGCCUAACAAGAACGGAUCAGUACCCAGAACAUACCAGCUGUAUGUGACUUCAAUAUGAGAAACUCCUUUACUAUCCUGUGGUGCUGAUCCAGGAUGACAUACUUAUUUUAUAACAAGCCUGUAUAUGUAUACUGUAUUUCUCAUGUGUACUAGGAUCUAAUAUAAAGGGUAAAUCUCCUUUUCAAGUAAAAUAAAAAGGUGAACUAACUCCAAAUAUCCUGAGCAUGCCGCCAGACCCUUCUGCACACAGCAGGCGUGAUGCCCCUUGCUGCCGCUGUAGUGGUCUAUACACCAUACAGCAUGCCAUGAUACACAGCCAAGGACUGAGAAUUCAUCAGAAUGCUUGCAAUGGCAAGUGCUCAUUGGUCAGCGUGACUAGGUGACCAUGCUGACCAAUGAGAAGCAGUUCUUAUUUCUGGGACACCUUACCUGAAGUUUCAUACAUGGUUCUCUUUGGCUGCAUUGCUCUAUUGGUGUAUGGACCACUACACCGGCACCACUGGGCAUUAAGGCUACUAUGUGCAGCGGGGCCUGGGGGGGGGGGGGUGAGCGGGAUAUUUGGAGAUCGUUUACCUUUUCACCAUUUAUGAAAGGAUAACCUUACCUUUUCAACCAAUUUUUAUAAUACACAAUUACUUUUCUCAACUGAA